AUGGCGUCCACUUCGGUGCUCGUCAGCCGGGAGGAGGCGGGGGUGCCCACUGCCACCUACUCCUAUUGCAGCCGGCCCCGGGCCGUGACCAACCGCCAGCGGUAUCGGACUUCCCUGGAGGCCAACGAGCUGGACGAUGAACCGGUUCGCUACGCAAAUCUCAUGUACGAGCGGAGAGUGGUUCGCGGCAACACCUAUGCCCUUCAUGUGUUACCUUGGAGCACUGAGCCCGAUCCGCUGGAGCUGCAGCGGCAGCGCGAAGCCCAUCGGAAGAUGCUGGCCAGGAAGAGAGCGAAAGAGCAGCUGCGGACUCAAACCCCAGAGCCGCUGGAAGGCAGGCGGCACGUGGAUGUGCAGACAGAAUUGUACCUGGAAGAGCUUGCAGACCGCAUCAUCGAGGUGGACGUGGAAUGUCAAACCGAUGCGUUUCUGGACCGACCGGCCACUCCACUCUUCAUCCCCGCAAAGACCGGCAGAGACGUGGCCACGCAAAUAUGGGAAGGAGAGCUUUUUGAUUUUGAUAUCGAAGUCCGGCCGAUGCUUGAGGUCUUGGUGGGCAAAACCAUAGAGCAGGCUUUGCUGGAGGUGAUGGAAGAAGAGGAGCUGGCCAAUCUGCGCAUGCAUCAGUAUGCCUACCACGAACUGCGGGCGGCAGAGCUCGCUGAGGUCCAGCGCCUUGAAGAGCAAGAGAGGCGGCACCGAGAAGAAAAGGAACGUCGUAAAAAGCAGCAGAUGCAAAUCCUGCAGAAGGAGAAAGAAACGGCGGAGAAGAUUGCAGCCCGGGCCUUCGCCCAGCGCUACCUCUCGGACCUCCUUCCUUCCGUCUUCAGCAGCCUUCGCGACAGCGGAUACUUCUAUGAUCCUGUGGAAAGAGACAUCGAGACCGGCUUCAUCCCUUGGAUAAUGGGGAGGAUGGAGGUCUUGCUGGAGCAGAAGAUCCUCGGCCGAGUCAUUGCUGAUAGCUUAAUUCGCAACGUGAUGGAAAUGAGGCUGGAUGCUUUUGAAACUGGCAUUUUGCCUCAAGCCUCCGAAGUUCUCCAAGAAGUUGUCCAAAUGCCUGACCAGGAAGUGGAGCCCACAGAUCCCGCUGCCUCCGUGCCAACCGAGCCCUCGGGGCUGCCAGGGGCUCCUGACCAGUCCGAAGGUGCUGGCUGGCCGGAAGAAGGCUCAGGCCGGGCAGAUGCUCCAGAGAGUCAGGCAGAAGCUCUUGGUGAAGCGGAAGUCUCCGAACCGCUGGAAGUUCCAGGUCAACCCGAAGAUCCAGCAGCAGUUCCGGAUCAAGGGCAAGCCGAACAGCCGGAAAACGCAGGGUCUGAGCCGCAGUGAAUCAGGGAAUCGCUGCAGGAAGACAUCAGCCUCCAAACAAGCCUCUGAAAAUUGGCAAAUUUUUGAAUCUACUUUACUGUGGUGGGCACGUAAUAAAUGGAAAGCUACGUUUUUUUUUUUUUUAAACCACGUACAACAUCUAUGUGCUCAUGAACCAUAGCAAAACGAAGAAGCCGUUCUCAGCUUCCUUCAAGGGUUCUCUUAAGUGUUCUUCUUUACAUUUGUCUUUAUUGUGUAAAACGUUUAAUCACAAAUUUAAAAUGUUGUGGUCCUAGAUAGAAUCUGAUGGACCUUACUUGUUAUUUAAGUCAAUUUGAAAACACUGGAAUAGGAUUUAAUUGAAACUGAACUUUUAAUUGCUUUCAGUUUUAAUAGGAUUCAGAUAAGGACAAUAUUCCACCAGAUUCAGUUUAAGAAAGUUUUAGGGUUUUUUUGCAAAACGUUAACCAUAGUUAAACAUGUUCUUUUUGUUUUGUAUUAUACUUGCUAGAGUUUACAUAUUACAGAAAAACAUAAGAAAAUGUAGUUUGUAAAUUGCAUUAUAAGUCUGAGUUGUUCAUGACUUCAGCAAAAAGGAAGGCUGCAUUUUUGAUUGUUCUUUUUCUGU